GCCUCCCCAGCCUGAGCUCGGACUGGGAGGGAGUGGGAUCAGACUGGGAUCUCUCCUCUCCAGCAGGAACCACAGCCCUUCUGCACCCGCCCCGGACCCGGACCCGGGACCAGCCCCGGGACUAGACCCUCCUCUGCCCGCCCCGGAGCCCCGCGGAGCCGCCGCGGACCCCCGCCGCCUCUAGCCCAGAACCCCCGGAUCCAUCAUGGAGGACGGGAAGCCGGUCUGGGCUCCACAUCCUGCAGACGGAUUCCAGCUGGGAACCAUCGUGGACAUCGGAGCAGACAGUCUCACCAUAGAACCCCUGAAGGACAAGGGGAAGACGUUCCUGGCUCCCGUCAACCAGGUGUUUCCUGCUGAGGACGACGUCAACAAACAUGUGGAGGACAACUGUUCCCUCAUGUACCUGAACGAGGCGACGCUGCUCAACAACGUCCGGGUCCGAUACAGCAAAGACCGGAUCUACACAUUUGUCGCCAACAUCCUGAUUGCGGUGAAUCCGUACUACGACAUUCCCAAACUCUACUCCCCGGAGACGAUCCAGAAGUACCGGGGCCGGUCCCUGGGGACGCUGCCGCCGCACGUCUACGCCAUCGCGGACAAGGCGUACCGGGACAUGAGGGUUCUGAAGAUGAGUCAGUCCAUCAUCGUCUCUGGAGAAUCCGGGGCUGGAAAAACGGAGAACACCAAGUUCGUUCUGCGGUAUCUGACCACGUCCUACGGGACGGGGCAGGACAUCGACGAGAGGAUCGUGGAGGCCAACCCCCUACUGGAGGCUUUUGGAAACGCCAAGACGGUCCGGAACAACAACAGCAGCCGCUUCGGGAAGUUUGUGGAGAUUCACUUCAACGAGAAGAACACGGUCGUAGGAGGCUUUGUGUCCCACUACCUGCUGGAGAAGUCCAGGAUCUGCACCCAGAGCUCCGAGGAGAGAAACUACCACAUCUUCUACCGGCUCUGUGCCGGAGCCAGCGAGGACAUCCGGCAGAAGCUGCACCUCGGCUCGCCGGACACUUUCAGGUACCUGAACCGAGGCUGCACUCGCUUCUUCGCCACCAAAGACACGAACAAGCAGAUCCUGCAGAACCGCAAGAGUCCAGAGCACUCCAAGGCCGGGCCCCUGCAGGACCCCCUGCUGGACGACCUGGGCGACUUCAGCAGGAUGAGCGUGGCCAUGAAGAAGAUCGGCCUGGACGACUCGGAGAAGCUGGACCUGUUCAGGGUGGUGGCAGGAGUCCUGCACCUGGGGAACGUGGACUUUGAGGAGGCCGGGAGCACUUCAGGCGGCUGCACCAUCAGGAACCAGUCCUCCCAGACCCUGCAGGUCUGUGCGGAGCUGCUGGGCCUGGAAGAGGAAGAUCUGCGGGUCAGCCUGACCUCCAGGGUCAUGCUGACGUCAGCGGGGGGCGUGAAGGGAACCGUCAUCAAGGUCCCCCUGAAGGUGGAGCAGGCUAACAGCGCCCGGGACGCGCUAGCCAAGGCCGUCUACAGCCGACUGUUCGACCACGUGGUGACCCGGGUCAACCAGUGCUUCCCCUUCGAGUCCUCGGCAAACUUCAUCGGAGUUCUGGACAUCGCCGGGUUCGAGUACUUUGAACACAACAGCUUCGAGCAGUUCUGCAUCAACUACUGCAACGAGAAGCUGCAGCAGUUUUUCAACGAGCGGAUCCUCAAGGAGGAACAAGAACUGUACCAGAAGGAAGGACUUGGGGUCAACGAGGUCCAUUACGUCGACAACCAGGACUGCAUCGACCUGGUGGAGGCCCGGUUGUUGGGGAUCCUGGACAUCCUGGACGAGGAGAACCGUCUCCCUCAGCCCAGCGACCAACACUUCACCGACACGGUUCACGGAAAACACAAGAACCACUUCAGACUCAGCGUUCCCAGGAAGUCCAAACUGGCCGUCCACCGGAACGUGAGAGACGACGAGGGAUUCAUCGUCAGACACUUCGCUGGAGCCGUUUGUUACGAGACGAGCAAGUUUGUGGAGAAGAACAACGACGCCCUGCACUCGUCUCUGGAGACGCUGGUCAGCGAGUCCAAGGACCGGUUCGUCCGGGAACUGUUUGAGUCCAACAACAAAGACCUGAAGCAGAAGACGGGGAAGCUGAGCUUCAUCAGCGUGGGGAACAAGUUCAAGACGCAGCUCAACGUUCUCCUGGAGAAACUCCGCAGUACGGGUUCCAGCUUCAUCCGCUGCAUCAAGCCCAACCUGAAGAUGGUGAGCCACAAGUUUGAAGGAGCUCAGAUUCUGUCCCAGCUUCAGUGUUCUGGCAUGGUCUCGGUCCUGGACCUGAUGCAGGGCGGGUUUCCCUCCAGAGCUCCGUUCCACGAGCUCUACAACAUGUACCAGAAGUUCCUGCCGCCCAAGCUGACCCGCCUGGACCCCAGACUCUUCUGCAAGGCUCUCUUCAAAGCUCUGGGUCUGAACGAGAACGACUACAAGUUCGGUUUAACCAGAGUGUUCUUCCGUCCCGGGAAGUUUGCAGAGUUUGACCAGAUCAUGAAGUCCGACCCGGAUCACCUGGCUGAGCUGGUGAAGAAAGUCAACCGUUGGCUGAUCCACAGUCGCUGGAAGAAGGUCCAGUGGUGCGGCCUGUCCGUCAUCAAACUGAAGAACAAGAUCCAGUACCGGGCCUCCGCCUGCAUCCAGAUGCAGAAGACGGUCCGGAUGUGGCUCUGCAGGAAGAAGCACAAACCCCGCAUCGACGGGCUGGUGAAGGUCCGGAACCUGAAGACCCGGAUGGGCCGGUUCACCGAGGUGGUUUCUGGACUCAAGGAGCAGAAGACGGAGAUGAGCCGGCAAGUUCUGGACCUGGAGACGGCUAUCGAUGCUCUGAUGGUCCAGAUCAAGACCACCAUCAUGACCCGGCUGGACAUCGACCACCAGUACCAGGUUCUGGUGACCCGGUCGGAGCAGCUGCUGACGGCCCUGCAGACCAAGAAGAAGGAGGAGGAGGAGAGAGAACGUCUACGGCGGAUCCAAGAGGAGAUGGACAAGGAGAAGAAGAGGAGGGAGGAAGAGGAGACGCAGAGACAGCAGGACGAGCAGGACCGCAGGACGAAAGCAGAGAUGGAGGUGAAGAGGAAGCAGGAGGAGGGAGAGAGGAAGAAGAGGGAGGAGGAAGAGCGGCGGCUGCAGGCGGAGAUGGAGACGCAGCUGGAGUCCGAGCGGCAGGAGGAGUCGGCCCGGCAGGCGGUUCUGGAGCAGGAGCGGCGGGACCGCGAGCUGGCGCUGAGGAUCGCCCAGAGUGAAGCGGAGCUGAUACCGGAGGAGAGCGAUGCGGGCCUACGCAGUAACGGCUCGUCACUUCCAUCCUCCCCAGAACGAGCAGCAAUUCCUGCCUCCACAAAGAUGAAGAGCCUGACCAUGGAGGAAAUGGCGAAGGAAAUGACCGAACUUCUGGCUAGAGGUCCACAGGUCCAGGCCUCCAAGGCGGCCGCCGGAGCCAAGAAGUUUGAGCUGAGCAAGUGGAAGUACGCCGAGCUGCGGGACGCCAUCAACACGUCCUGCGACAUCGAGCUGCUGGCCGCCUGCAGGGAGGAGUUCCACCGCCGGCUGAAGGUCUACCACGCCUGGAAGUCCAAGAACAAGAAGAGGAACACGGAGACGGAGCAGCGGGCGCCCAGAUCCAUCACCGACUACGGUCUCCCAGCGCCUGUGAAAGCAUCAUCCCUGCAGAACCCGGCCCCCCCGGGCCCGCCCCGGCACCACGAGGUGGCCCUGAACCGGCAGCAGCGAUACUUCCGGAUCCCGUUCGUGCGUCCGGGCGACCAGUACAAGGACCCGCAGAACAAGAAGAAGGGCUGGUGGUACGCCCACUUCGACGGGCCCUGGAUCGCCCGGCAGAUGGAGCUGCACCCGGACAAGCAGCCCAUCGUGCUGGUGGCAGGGAAGGACGACAUGGAGAUGUGCGAGCUGAGCCUGGAGGAGACGGGUCUGUCCCGGAAACGCGGGGCCGAGAUCCUGCCGCGGCAGUUCGAGGAGAUCUGGGAGCGCUGCGGUGGUUUACAGUACCUGAGGGCCGUCAUCGAGAGCCGGCAGGCCAGACCCACCUACGCCACGGCCGUGCUGCAGAGCCUGUUCAAGUGAGGGGGCCCCGGGGCCGGGGGGGCCCCACAGGGCCGGACCGGGCCAACGGGAACAAGCUCCAACCGGACCGGCCGUUCCUCGCUCUCCUUCUGUUUUUCUACGUUUGUGUUUGUGGGGGGGGUCCUGGGUCCUGGUCCCGGUCCUGGGCCUGGUCCUGCACCAGGUCCUGGUCCUGGACCUGGUUCAGGUUCCUGGUUCCUGGUCCAGGUCCAGGUCCUGGUUCCUGGUCCAGGUCCUGGUCUGGUUCCUGGUCCCGGUCCUGCACCAGGUCCUGGUCCCGGUCCAGACCACCUGACCCAUCGCUGCUCUGAGGCCUUAACACUAAUUCCCCCCCCACCGUUAAUCCUUUAAUGAUGCAUUCCUGCCAGACCUGAUCCUGGUUCUGGUUCUGGUUCUGGUCCUGGUUCUGAUCCUGGUUCUGGUUCCACCUGCUAAUCACCUGGAUGUGAACCCGCUGAUUCUUCUUCUUCUGUGGUUUCAAUGAGAACGUUCCUGGAGUUCCGAGACCAAAUCUAAACACUAGUUUUUUCUUGUUUUCGCUCCUAUUUUUUGAUGAUUUUGUCGGCUGUUAUCAGCAGAAAUGUGAAUUAAUUCAGAUUAAUUAUGCAACAUGUCAUCCUGAAGGUUGUGGAUUUAUUUCUAGUCGUCACCCGACGAAGCUUCGGCAAAGUUUUUCCUCAACAUGAUCUUUACUAAAUAAAUAAAACAUGUCAGAUUUCA